AUGGUUGUCCGCCUGCCUGCCUCCCGCCUGGCUGCUAACGUGGCCAAGGCGGCGUGGGCUCGCCCCGCCUCUGUCGCUGUGCGUGGGCUCGCCAGCCCCGCCUCGGACCGUAUGGCCGUGAAGGGCAAGCCGUGGUCGAACCCGUACCCCGAGGACCAGUUCAGUGUCCAUCCCCACAACGGAUUCCUGCCCAAAGACGAGCCCCUCGAGAAGCUCCCCGAGGAGUACAAGGAGAUGGAGAGCCUUCUCAACCGCAUGUCUGUCAAGACGAAGGAUGGUUCCCCCGGACUCCUCGCCACGGGCGACUUUGGCGCUGCCGUUGACGCUGAGCUCCCCGAGUACGACCUCAGCAAGCUGACACCAGCCCUCUACCGUGACCUCACCUUUGUCGCUUCGGCCUACCUCCUCGAGCCCUGCAACCAGCAGUACAAGGAGGAUGGCACGUACGGUCUCGGCCGCCAGACCCUUCCCCGCAACAUUGCCGUCCCCCUGAACGAGGUCGCUGCCAAGAUUGGCCAGCGUCCCUUCAUGGAGUAUGCUCUCUCCUACGCUCUGUACAACUACAAGCGCAUCGACAAGUCGAAGCCUCUCGAGUACGACAACUCUGAGCUGAUCCGUGCCUUCUCCGGCUGCCCGGGUGAGCACGGUUUCAUCCUCGUCCACGUGGCGAUGGUGAAGCACUCUGGUCCUCUGACCGCCGCCUCGAUGGCCGCUCUCGACGCUGCCGCCAUGGGCGACCGCCCGGCCUUUGACAAGGCGAUGCAGGACAUGCUGGCUUCGUACAACACCAUCAACCAGACGAUGGAGACGAUGUGGGGCCGCUCCAAGCCCGAGGCGUACAUGUCCUACCGCACCUGGAUCUACGGCACGAAGAACCAGCCCAUGUUCCCCAACGGUGUCAUCUACGAGGGUGUUUCCGACGAGCCGUUCAAGAUGCGCGGCGAGUCGGGUGCCAACGACUCGAUGGUCCCCCUCGGCGACAACCUGCUCGAGAUCACCGCCCAGAUGCCCACCAACCCCCUCACCGAGGUCCUCCGCGACUUCCGCACCUACCGCCCUCGCAACCACCAGAGCUUCAUCAACUACGUCCAGGACCGCGCCACUGCUGUCGGCGUCCGCGACUUUGCCCUGAAGAACGCCAACUCGGCUGCUUGGUACCUGGCUAAUGUGGACCAGAUCCGCCAGUUCCGCAACCGUCACUGGUCGUUUACCAAGAACUACAUAUUGAAGUAUACAAAGCAUCCCGUCGCGACUGGAGGCUCGCCUAUUGUCACCUGGCUGCCGAACCAGCUCGACGCCGUGCUCCAGGUGAUGGUCGAAACAGACAAGGUCAUCGACCGUAACGAGCUCGACCCCAGCCUUCACCAGAUGGUCGACGAGAUUGGCCAGCGCGCCGACGCGCAGCAGCGUGUGCUCCGCCGCGAGGUCGCGGCCCUGUCGCAGGAGCGCGGCGCCCAGUCCGUCGACGUCGACGGUGUCGAGAAGGGCAGCCCCAAGGCGAACGAGUCGUAUGCCGCGUUGUAG